GCCGGUGUUCCUACUACUACCACUACACACGCGAAUAAACAAUAUCCCGGAACAGUCAUAUAUAGGAUAUAGAUCCUCCCUAUACAAAGCGACAGCCAAGCACCCCUGCCCGAUAAAUUCAAAAUGCCGAGUCUCCCCAUAAACCGCGCCAUCCGCCGCGACUUCGUCGCCGACCGCAGCAGCUGCUGGAUCGAAGUGCCCAACUUAGACGGCAGCCUGUCCGUACAUUUAACCGACGGACCUGCCUGUGAACAAUACGAGCUCGUAAACCACAACUUCUGCGACCUAGACCCCAGCUUCAAAAGCAUAUUCCAGCACGGCUGUCCCCCGCCCCUGCUCGGCGCCGACCCGACUACUGCCGGUCGAUACAGGCCCGUCCAGCAGAGCGGCCAGCAAACCGGCGAGCAAUACGGCGCCUUGGCGUUGAUAUUUGCCGGCGGCUUUCUCUCGAUAAUCAUCUUCGCUAUGGUUAUGUAUCACUACAAUAUGAGGACUCGCUACAUUUACGAGCCUGGUUAUGACGAAGAUUGA